GGAACAAGUCCCUGAAAACCCGCAACCACUUGUAGCAAAGCUGCCAUUGCUCUAACAAUCAGCUACUCUUACUUGCCCCCAUUCUGUUUUUCCACUUUCUUUUUCAAAUCUGCCACCUAAAGUACGGCAGUAUUUCAUUGACCUGCUAUUCGUGGCUUUUUAUAAACAAAUUGUGAAGUUUCGGAAUGAAGAAAUCCUGGGUGAAAGAAGCAGGUGAAAAAGCAUGUGUCAGAGGUGAGGUAUUCCAAAGAGCAGUAGGAAGAAAGGAUAUUACUUGUUGAUUUUACUGAAGUAGCUAAAUGCUUUUUAAAGAAUUUGUGCUUAACGUUUUACAACAAAACUAAACAUAUUUCUUCCUUAAAAAAAUGUAAAUGCUCAGAAAUAACAUUACUCUUUCCAAACCCCUUUGCUGUGCUAAUAUCCCUAUCGAUAUACAAUCUGCAGAGCCACCUGCAAACUUGUAAUUUACUGACUCCCUCAAAACUUCAGUCCCAUUUGUCAGCCCCUUCAUCAUCACCGUCCUGUUAUUUAUAGCUGUAAUAACAGGCAGCAAAGCUGGCCCUUACCAGAAAAGCCUCCCUCACUCUCCCUCUGCCUUCAUUGGAUCCUGUUCUUUUGAAGCGAUCGGAACACACAAAUGUAGCCACCCACCUCUAGGAGAAAAACUGAGCUGCAGCCCUGGUGAAACAUAAAGUUUAUUUGACUAAAGUGACGCAAAAAUUCUUAAAGAGCUCUUUGGCAGCAGAUUAUCUGGAAAUCAGACCAUGUGAGGGGGACUGGUGUACAAAAACCUCCCCAAGAUGCUGAGUUGCCCACAGGCUGCGUUCCCGAGCCGCUGCAGUAAAUGUGGGUGAAGGUUCCUCCAGCUUGGAUAACUCCGGGGAAAGCACUUCAAACCCGGCCGAAAGACAGAUGGUGUUCGUGCCUUCAGUCUGAUGGAUUUAAAAAUGGAGGGGGAAUUCUAAGAGCGUUGGGAAUACAGUGGAAACAAAAGCGUGGGAAAAGAAGCCACGCGGCUGUGCUGCUGUCCCUCUGCAACUGAGCAGGACAAAGCUUGGGAAAAUGGAAAAAAAGGCAACGAGCAAUGAGACUCAGCUGCUGACUUCCAAGAAAGAUGUCUCAGGCUGCAAUGAAGAAGAAGACUGCAGAGAGAACGAACUUCUGAUCAGGAACCCUAAAUCUGCCCUGCGGCUAGUGGAGGAUGGGAACAAAGUCCAUCCCAGCCAGGGAGAUAAGGAGGAGGCAGCUCCGAUCUCAAAUGGCUAUUCAGGGGUUCAGAGCUCUGGUCCUUGCAAUGGGAUGGGAGGGGUGGAAGAUGCCCAGUGCACUGCCCCCGCAGCCACGACCACCACCACAACCACCACCUCCACCACCUGCAGAGCUGAGGGCCAGCAGCAGCUGAUUGAGCUGGAAGACAGAGAGACCUGGAGCAAAAAAAUUGACUUUCUACUCUCUGUCAUCGGGUAUGCAGUGGAUCUGGGAAACGUGUGGAGAUUUCCUUACAUAUGCUAUCAAAACGGAGGAGGAGCAUUCCUCAUUCCGUACACAAUCAUGGCCAUCUUUGGAGGUAUUCCUCUCUUCUAUAUGGAACUAGCGUUAGGACAGUACCACAGGAAUGGGUGCAUCUCAAUCUGGAGAAAAAUAUGUCCCAUUUUCAAAGGAAUUGGCUUUGCCAUCUGUAUAAUUGAUCUUUACGUGGCCUCCUACUACAACACCAUUAUGGCGUGGGCCUUUUACUACCUCGUGUCCUCCUUCACGACGGAGCUGCCGUGGACCAGCUGCACAAACGCCUGGAACACAGGCAACUGCACGAACUACUUCAGCAAGGACAACGUCAGCUGGACCCUGUACUCCAUCUCUCCUGCAGAAGAAUUUUAUACCCGCCAAGUUCUACAGGUGCAUAGGUCCAAUGGGCUGGAUGACCUGGGGGGCAUUAGCUGGCAAUUGACCCUCUGUUUAUUGUUAAUCUUCACCAUUGUAUACUUCAGCAUCUGGAAAGGGGUCAAAACAUCUGGCAAGGUGGUGUGGGUGACUGCCACAUUCCCAUACAUCAUCCUCUUUAUCCUGCUAGUGAGAGGUGCAACUCUGCCUGGAGCCUGGAGAGGUGUCCUCUACUACCUGAAACCUGACUGGCAGAAACUCCUGGCCACUGAGGUUUGGGUAGAUGCAGCAGCUCAGAUUUUUUUCUCCCUUGGUCCAGGUUUUGGGGUCUUAUUGGCUUAUGCCAGCUACAACAAGUUCCAUAACAACUGCUACCAAGACGCUCUGGUUACCAGUACCGUGAACUGCAUGACUAGUUUUGUGUCUGGAUUUGUCAUUUUCACUGUGCUGGGAUACAUGGCUGAGAUGAGGAAUGAAGAUGUAUCAGAAGUUGCCAAAGACACCGGACCCAGUCUGCUCUUCAUUACCUACGCCGAGGCCAUUGCAAACAUGCCUGCUUCAACUUUCUUUGCCAUCAUAUUUUUCCUGAUGUUACUCACGCUGGGAUUAGACAGCACGUUUGCAGGACUAGAAGGAGUGAUUACUGGAGUACUGGAUGAAUUCCCUCAUGUCUGGAGCAAACGCAGGGAAUUGUUUGUCCUUGGUCUGAUCAUCAUUUGCUUUUUGGGCUCAUUAGCAACCCUGACAUUUGGAGGCGCAUAUGUGGUGAAGCUGUUUGAAGAGUACGCCACCGGCCCAGCUGUCCUGACAGUGGUGUUCCUGGAAGCAGUUGCUGUGGCCUGGUUCUACGGCAUCACCCAGUUUUGCAACGAUGUGAAGGAAAUGCUCGGCUUUGCCCCAGGCUGGUACUGGCGAGUUUGCUGGGUAGCAAUUAGCCCCAUCUUCCUUUUGUUUGUCACUUGCAGCUUUCUGUCCAACCCUCCUGAGCUACGACUUUUUGAUUAUAAUUACCCCUACUGGACCACAGUGGUGGGUUAUUGCAUAGGAACCUCUUCUAUCAUCUGCAUUCCGAUCUACAUGGUUUAUCGGCUGAUCGUCACUCCAGGAACACUGAAGGAGCGUAUUCUGAAAAGCAUCACUCCAGAAACAGCUACAGAAAUUCCUAUUGGAGACAUCCGCAUGAAUGCAGUUUAAGCUAACCUGUGUUCUGGGGGAGAGGUGGAGCAGAAAACCUAACUUUCCCCAUACUCUUCCCCACCCAAAGAAUUACGUUUCCAGCUGAGAUAACAACUGGAGGAGCUUUCAGUGGAGGCUCUGUCACUGACAAUGGGCAUUUGGAAACGUGAUGCCUCCAGCACAUUUAUCCAAGCAAUCCGAUGAAAUCUGCUGAGCACUUCUAACCAGACUGAACCGACUGGGACCAAUUCAUUCUGGAAACGCAAGGACGUCUGUGUGCAUGAGAAUACCACUGCUCCACGCGUGGGCACUGGGGCUGGUUGAAAGCCUGGGUGAUUGCCAAAGCCUCUGUGGGACGAGUGUCAGCGGGUGGGAUUAGGCUUAGAAUCGCAAGUGUGUGGCAGUACCCCUGUAUUUUCCUCAAUGUGAUCGUUCGUACUGGGCAAUGUUGUAUUCGCUUCUAAGGUUCUAAUUGCUUAAACUACAGUGAAAAAUACAAAAGUAUUUCCGAUAGCCAUAUAUUACUCAAGUAACACAGGGUUUUAUAAACUAAAAUAUAUUAGUAAAUUCUGCAAACCCUAGGUUUGUAGGGGAGUCGUGAGAUGAAGAGGAAACAAUCCCGAGCAGCACUAUAUAGCACUCCGCACGAGUUAGCACACACAUUUGGUAACGUUAUCCUCCUUUUCAUUUCCCACAUUUCGUAGAUUUUAACAGUUUCUAGUAAUUGUUUCUUGCUUAAUACAUUCUACAAAAUCCAUUUUUGCAAUGUAGGCUUCACUUUCCUUGAGACACAAUCAAGCAAAAUAUAUCACAGGUUACCUCGCCAGUAUUUAAGUUGCCAGCACUUACUCUAAUGUUUUCAUAAAUAAGCUAGAUAUUCGCAAAAAUCAUUGCACUGACAGACCUAAUGUUUAUUCCCAAGGAAACUACAUACCAACAGUGAAUUAUUUGGGGUUCAGAUGCCAAAAAGUGGGCUCUCAAAUAUCUGCUUUUCUUUAUUUUUUUUAAGUCAACUCCACAGCUAAAAUUGGCUGGAGCCUGCAGCUUUUUCUAUUGUUUCCUAGUAAAGAACUAAAGUUUAGAACAACCCUUUUGGCUGGCUGACAAAAGCACAUUUAACAAACUACACAAGCCUACUCUGAGGAUUUACUAGCUCCUGUUCUUAUGUGAAUUACAUUUAGCUUUCACCCCGAAGAAGAAGAGGAGAUCAUUUUUUUAGCAAGACGUUCAGCAGGAUAGGUUCUGAUCAGAACUAUUUGUAUUAAAUUUUGAGGCACUGAUACACAAAUUAACUUCCAUGCACAUACCAAUCUCUUCCUAUUAGAUAUGUACAUACGCCUUCCAACAGGAACUGCCCUUUAGACUGACUGCAGUCAGCUGGAGGACAACGGUUUUGCUGCAGUUAUGUGGAAAUUUAGAUAAACCUAAGUAGUUAUCAUUUAUGUAAAGACAUUGUAUUUUUACUCUACCGCAUAGAUUAUAACAAUCUAUGAAAAGUAAAAUAAAAUAGAGCGUAAAAGUCUCUUUUGUAAUUCAUGGUCUACUUAGGCAACAUACUGCUAUAAGGAACAAUGUUAUGUACACAUUCAGAGCAGCAGGCAUUAAGAAACCCACUGGAGAGUUCACAUCAGUACAAAGAACUUACCUGGCCAGAGGAAAGCAGCAAGGGUGCAAUUGCCUUUUGAAACCAUUUUUCUUGCUUCUGUUGUGUUUUUCUGCUUAGGUGUGCAGACACCUCGUGGAGGAAUGCCUCCUACACCUCAGCUACUAACUUCACUUACCUUUAGGUCUCGAGCCCAACUUCCAAUAAGGAAAUAAAGUGACAAUGACGGUUCUUUCCAAACUACAAACAUAAGUCUCCUGCACUAUUUUAAAAAAGGGAGUAGGUUCUUGCAUUGCCACCAGAAAAAAACAUAAUAAAUCUGUCUUACUGGAUGGUUACUCACACAGGCUAGUUCUGAAGCGUACUCCUCAAGAAUAUUUGAAAACUACUUCCAAAGCCGACUUCAUUGUGAGGAAAAGACAAACAGUUGAGAAUCUGUUUAAUAAUAAAAAUGCAUUUGGAUUUCAAGUUGCCAAUCAGAAAAUUACUGUUUUUUUUAAUAAACAUUUCUGUUUUGAGUUCAUUCAUUGAAAAAUACAUAUGAAAUGUCAACGUAAAAUGAACGAUGUACUCAUAUGUAUCAAGUGUGGGAAAUAAAGGAGAAAACCCCACCCAGCUUCUCCAUUCUUUAGACUGGUGUUCAACUAAUGCUAGGUAUCUUACCUCCUAAAUGGGAAUUUUCAAUAGAUAUAUCUUACAGAUGUAUUUCUUGCCAGAACUGAUACUCUGUUCCAUGCUAGGCUCAUAAAUAAAUACAUAUUUUAAACUCUUACA